AUGAUCAUGUUGAUGAUUAUGGCAUUGAUUAAUAGAACUAUAGAAGCUGAGGAAACUGGAAAUGGUAAUCGGAGCGGCCGCGAUGUGGCUAUCGACGAUUGCCGCAUGAUUGUCUCGUCACAUGAUUCCCUCGUCUCUUCUCAGUGUCGCCAAAUAUUCUUGGGUGGAGAAGAAAGAGCUAAUGAAAUCGCUGAGCUAUGGAGAAAAUACGUAGCAAACUCUUCACCUGAAGCUAAAACUGUUAAAGAUUUCGAUAAGCUUGAGAUGAUACUACAAGCUUUGGAAUAUGCAGAAACUAGAAGAGUUUUUUUCAAUCAACCACAUGGAAGUUCCAGACCAAUAUAG